AUGGCUGACUUUAAAAUGAGAACCAAGGAUGGUAAAACCAUAAAUCAAGAUGAAAAUUACUGUGUAUUUAAUGUUAUAAGUGUGUUUAUAUCACUUGUAACUAUACUUGCUGAUUUAACAACAGACAUUCUAGUCUUUAUUGAAUACUGCAAGAAUGGCUACUUGGAUUGGGCACUUAUUACUAUAACAUUUAUUAUAACUCCAAAUAUAUUGAUAAAUAUAUUCUCUUUGAGAUGGUUUCUUAUUGAUAAAAAAGUGAAUAUUCAUCACUGGAUAACACAUGGUUUUCUUGUUGGCUUACUAGAGAGGUACAUUAUAUUCUUGUAUGAAGUAUUCUCAUGUAAGAAUUUUGAAUUAUUGAAAUCCCAAAGACUGUUGAUCCAGAGAAAUGACUUGAGCCUCUUGCAUUUUUUGUAUGUUUUUACUGGGACCAUACCACAAAUUGUUUUGCAAACCUAUGCCAUUGUUAUGUUGCAAGAAAAUUACUACACUAAAGGUUAUAUUAACUGGAUUUCUCUUUUGCUAAAACUAACAUGGCACUUUGGCACAGUCAUUGGAAGAGUAGCUGGUAUACUACUGUUCAGCAUCAUAUUUGGUGUAUGGACCCUUAUACCCUUAGGACUGCAUUGGUCUGCGAUGACUUUCUGGAUAAUAACUCAAAAAACGACGUUUUGUCCCAAUAAAUUUGAAGAGACUUUGUAUAAUGCUGUUAUGGGAUUUGUGUAUUGCUUCUGUUUUAUUAACAUUAAAGAGGGACACACGCGGUAUCGUCUAAUGUUAUUUUAUACGCUUAUUAUAACACAAAAUAUGGGAAGUUUACUUUUGUAUGUACUACUGUCUGAUGAUGAAAAGCAGAGGAAAAUAUGGUCAAUUGCUUCUACAAGUUGUGUUGUUUUGGGGACUGUUAUUGGCAUGGUUUCCAUGGUUCUAUAUUACAGAUUUUUUCAUUCAAAUGGUCAAAUUCUAUGGAGAUAUGUCAAUGAAGAUGUUGAACUAAAUAAUAAAGAAAUGAGUGAUAAUACCAAAGAGGCAAGCAAAAAGACAGGGACCCUUAAUAUUUUAAGAUCGUUUAAAAAUUCCAACAUCACAAAUAACUCUACUAUAGUGGAUGUUGAAAGUGGAAAAAGAAGAACUACGAAUAUUUCUCAGUCUGUACAGAAGAGUGAAAGUGAAAAUGCCGACAAAAAGUUUUUGCUCGAGCAUUGGAUUGCCAGAGCUGGUUCUCCUACAUUCACAUCAGCUCCAGUGGGUGAUAUGAGCUUGGAUGUGUCCAGUAUUGAAUUGUACACAGUAGAGAAUACACCACAGACUGUUAUGACUAUGCGCGACAGUCUUAUGUUAAAACCAAAAAAGAAAAUUUGCUCGCCCACUGAAUUAACUUUAAAAUUGUCUUCAAUUGAUAAUAUAGAAAGUUCUAUAGAUGAAAUAACUUCAAAUGCACUUAAUAUACAAAAACGACGCGGAAUAUGUUCAUCGGAUGAACUAAGAGAAGAUUAUAACAAUUUAAAUCUAGGAUCAUCAAGCAUUCUAAGUCAAGAAUUUUCAAAAGGAAAAACCGAUCGUAGUUCAGAGCUUAGUCACGAAACAGAUGGGUCUAAUAAGAAGACAUCUUCAGAUUCUAUUGAUUUGGAUCUUGACUUGAGUUUUAGUGAUAUAAAUAGUUCUGAUAUUAACACAUUUAACGAAAAUAUAGUGCAGAAACUAUGUCUAAGCGCACUAAAAAAUAUCAAAGUCGGAAAUCAAGAUGCAGAUAUAGAAAAUAUUCAAAGGAUAGCAUUGGAUAUUCUUAAAGAAAUGUAUACUAAGAAAGAUCGCAAGAAAAACGCUAUAGCUUCAGGACUCUUUCAUGUUAAGAGAGAUUUGGAUACACCAACUGAGAUAUUAUCGGUUCACGAUUAUGAAAACAUUUGUGCUGUUAAUAUAGCUCGAGAAGCUUGGGGUUUGCGGUCAUGGAACGGGUAUUGUGAUAUAGAAAACUGGAUGCAUGAUGGGAGUGUAGUUAGGGAUAGGAGUCGAGACACCUUCACGUCAGAGAGCUCGGAAAUCAGUAGUUGUUUGUCGCAAGAACUUAAAACAGCCAUACUGUCUGCCCCCCCUUUUCCCAAAAAAUCUCACACAUACUCCAACGUGUUCGUAAAAAUAGAAAGAAAUCCUGAAGAUUAUGCCAAUGCCGUGGUGUGCCAUACAAACGACGAUACACUCUCUUUUAAAUCAUUUAUCCUCGAGAACUGUAAGGAUCCCAACCAUUUAGAACCAAUUAUGGAAGAACUAGAUGAUUUGGGAGAUAUAGACCCGGCAAUAAAGAAACGGUUAAAUUCCGAAAGUUCCCUUGUGGCCACUAUAGACGAGAUUAGAAAAGCGACUGUAACUAAUUCUCCCAGAAACUUAUAUCACAGAAGAGAACACACUUGGGAGUCACCUCAGCUUAAUAAUUAUAUACAAAGUGAGUAUAGUCUUAAAAAGGCUCUUUGGAAAGAACCGUGUAAAUUCGACCCGAGUAAUAUAAUGAAUUCAUUGCCAGAAAAAGAGAUCGCCUUAGAUACUGUUGUGAAAUUUGAAACAGAAAAACAGUUGAAUGUUGCUUCCAAAAAUGCAUAUCUUAACAAUUCAACAAGCUUGAGCCAGUUAACGCCGAAAAGAAGACCCAAUAACUCUUUAAAAAGUCAAAAUAAGAAAAAUAAUAAUCAAGUCGACCCCUCCCAUGACAUUUCGAACAAAAAUAUUGAUCUCCUCUGGCGGUUAGUUUCAGAAAACGCAUCCCCAAUAUAUAGUUCUACAGAAAAUUUUUCAUUGAGUCGAAAAACACCGUCAUUACAAUCGCUAAUACAAAAAGAUUCUAGUGUACCUAACAAUGCAAUGGCAAAAGUUACAAAUGUAAAAAAGAGUUCUAGGAACAAACCGAGAAGGAAAUUUUCUUUACUACGCGAGAAAUUUGAACCCAAGGUAAAUUCUGACGAAGAGAACUUAUGCCGCUCAGACAGUAGUUUACCAGGACAUGGUAAUCAAUUUAACUCAGACAGAAUGCAACAAAUUAAUUCACACCUCGAAAGUGAAAUUGGUUUUCCUGUAAAAGAUAUUCCUUCAGGGCACAAGGAGUCAUCUUCAGAAUUGCAUUCAGCGACAGAACAGAUAAAAGAAAAAAGAUCCUUAUUCAUGAAACAAGUAUUGAGUCCACCAAAAUUUAACUCAAAGUUGAGACAGAAAAUAUAG